AUGAUAUUCGCUAUUAUUAUUAUUAUUGUUAUUUUGACCCUGGCUAUCAUCAUUCCAGUAAUUAUUAAACACAAACAAAGUAAAAAAGUCAAAGAAGCGUUACUAACAACAACGACAACAACAACGACAACAACAGCGGCAGGAGUAGUCCUUUGGUGUAAUAUCACAUCGUGCCGUGCCCAAAUUCAAGAAUAUAUUGCACUAAAUUUGACAUAUGAUACAGUAAAUUUGGCUAAAUGCAACAAUUGUUCUCGAGCGAGUUUUCCAAGUUUUCCUUCAGAUUGGUCAAGUAGAUGGUAUAUUGUAGACUAUUUUAUAAUUUCGUCAGAAAGUGCAGAUUGUGAUGGAAAUCCUUAUAUCGGCGAUCUACAGUUUUGUCAACAGGCAUGUUUGAAAUAUAUCACAUGUAUCGGCUUUUCUAGAUCUAAACAAUAUUUAGAUAUGGACUCCCGUGGAAUAUGUUAUUUGAAAAAAAAUAACACGGGAGAACUAAUAUACAAUGAUGAAACAUGGCAUACCAUCGCUUUCAAUAGUACGACAUAA